GUGUAAUUGGAAGGGAAGUAAUCAAGACGUUCAUUUCGUUUAAAUACGGAUAAUCAACAGUGAUUUUCUAUCAGUUUCAAUCCAAAGAACCAAGCCAACACAGCACAGUUCAAAAAAUCAAAAAUGGCAGUUAAGAUGAUCGUUUUCGCAGCCUGCGUGGCCACCGCACUCGCUGAAUACGCUGCCCCAGCUUACCCAGUACACCACGCCUACGCCCCAGAGCACUCGUACGAGUCCCCGACCCCGUACAACUUCGAGUACAGCGUAAACGACCCACACUCCUAUGACGUCAAGAGCCAAUCCGAACACAGCGACGGACACGGCAACGUUAAGGGAUCGUACAGCCUUCUGGAAGCCGACGGUUCCACCCGCGUCGUCGAAUAUACCGCCGACCACAGCGGUUUCAACGCCGAAGUCAAGAAAAUCGAAGGACAUAGCCACGGUUACAGCGCACCCGCUCCGGUUUACAAAUCUGCCCCAGCCUACAAACCAGCAUACGCUGCACACUCAUACGCCGCCCCAGCUCACUCUUACGCCUACGCUGCCCCAGCUCACUCUUAUGUAGCCCCAGCUCACUCUUACGCUGUCCCAGCUCACUCUUACGCUGCCCCAGCUCACUCUUACGCCGCCCCAGCUCACUCUUACGCUUACGCCGCCCCAGCUCACUCGUACGCCGCCCCAGCUCACUCUUACGCCACCCCAGCUCACUCUUACGCUUACGCUGCCCCAGCUCACUCGUACUCUGCUCCGGCUUACAAACCAGUUGCAUACAAGGCAUAUAAUGUAAUGACACAACUUCACAAAAUUAAAUUAUUUGGUAGGGAGGCAAUUAUAACUUUCCGUCAACAUAAAUACAGAGAAUCACUGGACAGUUGUUAUCAGUUUCCAUUCACAGAUCCAAGUACACACAAUACAGAAAAAAAAAUAACAAAAAUGGCAGUUAAGAUGAUCAUAUUCGCCGCCUGCGUGGCCACCACACUCGCCCAAUACGCCGCACCGGCUUACCCAGCACACCACGCUUACGCCCCAGAGCACUCGUACGAGUCCCCGACCCCGUACAACUUCGAGUACAGCGUAAACGACCCACACUCCUACGACGUCAAGAGCCAAUCCGAACACAGCGACGGACACGGCAACGUCAAGGGAUCGUACAGCCUUCUGGAAUCCGACGGUUCCACCCGCGUCGUCGAAUACACCGCCGACCACAGCGGUUUCAACGCCGAAGUCAAGAAAAUCGAAGGACAUAGCCACGGUUACAGCGCACCCGCUUCGGCUUACAAAUCUGCCCCGGCCUACAAACCAGCAUACGCUGCCCCAGCUCACUCUUACGCCGCUCCAGCUCACUCUUACGCUGCCCCAGCUCACUCUUACGCUGCCCCAGCUCACUCUUACGCUGCUCCAGCUCACUCUUAUGCCGCUCCAGCUCACUCUUACGCCGCCCCAGCUCACUCAUACGCUGCACCUGCCGCAUACGCCAAACACUCGUAUGCUGCCCCAGCUCACUCUUACGCUGCCCCAGCUCACUCGUACGCUGCCCCAGCUCACUCGUACGCCGCCCCAGCUCACUCUUAUGCCGCUCCAGCUCACUCUUACGCCGCCCCAGCUCACUCAUACGCUGCACCUGCCGCAUACGCCAAACACUCGUAUGCUGCCCCAGCUCACUCUUACGCUGCCCCAGCUCACUCGUACGCUGCCCCAGCUCACUCGUACGCCGCCCCAGCUCACUCGUACGCCGCUCCAGCUCACUCUUACGCCGCCCCAGCUCGCUCGUACGCCGCCCCAGCUCACUCUUACGCCGCCCCAGCUCACUCUUACGCCGCCCCAGCCCACUCUUAUGCCGCCCCUGCUUACAAACCGGCUGCAUACAAGGCUUACUAAUAAUUUAUUGUCAGUAAUUUAAUUUUUUUUUUUUACGCCGUUCUUUAAUUUUUUAUUAUGGAAUACGGCUCUUUUGUCUUACCAUCUGGACAUAAAUUAUUGUGUAUUUUGUUUUAUUGUAAUUAAUAAAAUAAAUUAUUUCAAUCACGAUAA